GGCCGGUUCCGGUUGCAUCAGCGUGCGAUCCACGGCGAAAUGAGACUGUUCGUGAGCGAGGGCGCCCCAGGGAGCCUCCCGGUGCUGGCCGCGGCCGGGCGGGCCCGGGGCCGGGCGGAGCUGCUCAUCAGCACUGUAGGCCCGGAAGAGUGUGUGGUCCCAUUCCUGACCCGGCCUAAGGUCCCUGCCUUGCAGCUGGAUAGCGGCAACUAUCUCUUCACCACGAGUGCAAUCUGCCGGUAUUUCUUCUUGCUGUCUGGCUGGGAGCAAGAUGACCUCACCAACCAGUGGCUGGAAUGGGAAGCAACGGAACUGCAGCCAGCUCUGUCUGCCGCGCUCUACUACCUAGUGGUCCAAGGCAAGAAGGGGGAAGAUGUCCUCGGGCCAGUCCGGAGAGCCCUGACUCACAUCAACCACAGCUUGAGUCACCGGAGCUGCCCUUUCCUGGCCGGGGAGACAGAAUCUCUCGCUGACAUCGUUUUGUGGGGCGCGCUGUAUCCACUACUCCAGGACCCAGCCUACCUCCCUGAGGAGCUGGGCGCCCUGCACGACUGGUUCCAGACCCUGAGUUCUCAGGAGCCGUGCCAGCGCGCCGCCGAGACGAUGCUCAAGCAGCAGGGUGUCAUGGCCCUCCGGCCCUACCUGCAAAAGCUGCCCCAGCCCGGGCCCCUGGAGGGGAAGGCUGUCAGCAAUGAACCUGAGGAGGAGGAGCCGGCCGCCCUGUCUGAGGAGGAGAUCGCCGCGGCUGUCACCGCGUGGGAGAGCGGCCUGGGAAGCUUGCCUCCGCUUCGGCCGCAGCAGAGCCCCGUGUUGCCUGUGGCUGGAGAGAGGAACGUGCUCAUCACCAGUGCGCUCCCCUACGUCAACAACGUCCCGCACCUCGGGAACAUCAUUGGCUGUGUGCUCAGUGCUGACGUCUUUGCCAGGUACUCCCGCCUCCGCGGCUGGAACACCCUCUACCUGUGUGGGACCGAUGAGUACGGCACGGCGACAGAGACCAAGGCCAUGGAGGAGGGCCUGAGCCCCCGCGAGAUCUGCGACAAGUAUCAUGCCAUCCACGCCUCCAUCUACCGCUGGUUUGCCAUCUCCUUCGACGUGUUCGGUCGCACCACAACUCCGCAGCAGACCACAAUCACCCAGGACAUCUUCCAGCGCUUGUUGGCGCGAGGCUUUGUCCUGCAAGACACCGUGGAGCAGCUGCGGUGCGAGCGCUGCGCCCGCUUCCUGGCCGACCGCUUUGUGGAGGGCGUGUGUCCUUUCUGCAGCUACGAGGAGGCCCGGGGUGACCAGUGUGACAGGUGUGGCAAGCUCAUCAACGCCAUCGAGCUCAAGAACCCUCAGUGUAAAAUCUGCCGGUCUUGCCCUGUUGUGAAAUCCUCUCAGCACCUGUUCUUGGACCUGCCGAAACUGGAGAAGAGAGUGGAGGCGUGGCUGGGGGCGACGCUGCCUGGCAGCGACUGGACACCCAAUGCCCGCUUCAUCACCCGUUCUUGGCUCCGGGACGGCCUCAAGCCACGCUGCAUCACCCGAGACCUCAAGUGGGGAACCCCUGUGCCCUUAGAAGGCUUUGAGGACAAGGUAUUCUACGUCUGGUUUGAUGCCACGAUCGGCUACUUGUCCAUCACUGCCAACUACACCGACCAGUGGGAGAGAUGGUGGAAGAACCCAGAGCACGUGACCCUGUAUCAGUUCAUGGCCAAAGACAACGUUCCUUUCCACGGCAUAGUUUUUCCUUGUUCAGCCCUGGGUGCUGAGGACAACUACACCUUGGUCAGCCACCUCAUUGCCACAGAGUACCUGAACUAUGAGGACGGGAAAUUCUCCAAGAGCCGGGGUGUGGGAGUGUUCGGGGACAUGGCUCAGGACACAGGGAUCCCCGCUGACAUCUGGCGCUUCUAUCUGCUGUACAUUCGGCCCGAGGGCCAGGACAGCGCCUUCUCCUGGACAGACAUGUUGCUCAAAAACAAUUCUGAGCUCCUCAACAACCUGGGCAACUUCAUCAACAGAGCCGGGAUGUUCGUGUCCAGGUUUUUCGGGGGCUCUGUGCCUGCGAUGGUGCUCACCUCUGACGACCGGCGCCUGCUGGCCCACGUCUCCCGGGAGCUCCAGCGCUACCACCAGCUGCUGGAGAAGGUCCGGAUCCGGGACGCCUUGCGCAGCAUCCUCACCGUGUCGCGCCACGGCAACCAGUACAUUCAAGUGAACGAGCCCUGGAAGCAGAUCAAGGGCAGCGAGGCUGACAGGCAGCGGGCAGGGACGGUGACGGGUGUGGCGGUGAACAUCGCUGCCCUGCUGUCCGUCAUGCUGCAGCCCUACAUGCCUGCGGUCAGCGCCACCAUCCAGGCCCAGCUGCAGCUCCCGCGCGCGGCCUGCAGCGCGCUGCCCCCCGGCUUCCUGUGCACCUUACCGGCAGGGCACCGGAUCGGCACCAUCAGCCCCUUGUUUCAAAAACUGGAAAAUGACCAGAUUGAAAAUUUGAGGCAGCGCUUCAGCGGGGGCCAGCUAGAAGAGCCCUUGAAGUUACAGGCAAAAGCAGCCCCCAAGCCAGCUGCGGAGACCGUGCCAGCAGCUGGACCACAGCAGAUACAGGUCCUGAUGGAGGAGGUGACAAAACAGGGCAACGUCGUCCGGGAGCUGAAGGCCCAGAAGGCAGACAAGAACCAGGUUGCUGCGGAGGUGGCUAAACUCUUGGAUCUGAAAAGGCAGUUGGCGCUAGCUGAGGGGAAACCCCUGGAAACCGCUAAAGGCAAGAAGAAAAAGUGAGAACUUGACUCAUAGAAAAAUGACUUUAAUGAUAUGGAUGUAAUAAACGCAGGCGCUCUCCAGGCA